AUGCCGGAACGCACAACUGCGGGGCUUCCAGCGUUGCCCACUGAAGUCGUGUUGAUCAUCGGAUCCUUCCUACGCGACGACGAGCUCAGGGGCCUCACCAGGACUUCAACCAGAUUCCGGCAGAUCUUUCUCCGUCGGCAUUACACGAUGAUCGAAUUCUCGGGCUCUGUGAAACACAUAGCUAGAUGUUUGAUACCUAUCUUCUCACGAGAUGCCGACGAGGUCUCGGUAGACAUGAAAGAACUGAUCCAGACCUUCACCAGAUUUGUCACCAUCAGAAUCUAUUAUCCGCCGGAUGUUAUUCGUUGGCCUUUGAGAUUUGCGAACAAUGACCUCGAGCAUUUCGGCAUUUUGCUUCGCUCAAUAGAACGACUGUGUGGAGUGAGCAUUUCUCUAAGCUUCCCACGUCAUCGGGACUGUGUUUCAUUCAACAAGGCCUUACGAAAGACCGGUAUAUGGUCCGAUGACCCUACCAAGCCCUGCUCUCUUACUUUCUUGGAUAGUCCUGUGGAUUUGAACUUCAAUGCCAUAUUCCGUUGUUUCCAGCCCGAGUCCCUCGGGGCCGUUCAGCUGCCUGAAGGGCCUAACCGAAAGCAUUAUGUGAAGUUAAGACACUCUCUUCAUGCCGCAUAUCUUAAGGCCUUGCACGUUGACAGAACGGCCUACAAUCAGAAGGCCCGAAACGUAAUUCCGAGUCUCGAUGACGACUUUCUUGGUGAAGUCAGAAUGGACUUCCCCCGACUUGAGUCACUCAUCCUUCACGAAGAUACACCCAGUCUCACUAUCGAUUUUGAUUAUAGAUCUUGGCCGUUCGGGCUGGUCUGGUUUGACGAUCAAGCUGCCUUCGACCGAAACAUCAAUAGACUGGUUUAUGAGGUAAGCAGGAUGCGUUGCCUCCGCCGCUUUGCCUUCACGCUAUGGUUUGUGAGGCUGCAUGGCCACCUCAUCCCACAUGACUGGGAGGACUACAAAGGAACAUAUCGCCCCAAGACCAUGGUCGACAGCGACAACUUCUACAUCGAUAGGCUUGUGUCGGUUAUCAUGACUCGAGUUCCCACUCUCGUGGAGCUCUGUGUCUCGUCGAACCACCCAACCUUCUACCGAGGAAUCAGACGAGAGGGUCAAAUCCAUGUUCAGCGAGAAUCGCGCGAGAACCCAGGCGAGGAGAAACGCUUUCCCAGCCUCUUACUGGACCUCAACUAA